AUGAUGAAGACAAGUGAACCGUCAAGCUACACCGAAAUGGCCCUUGAACUGUUUAGAACCUGGCAGCCUGAAUUUCGGAAACCAGCGACAGUAAUCUAUCUAUCUAUCUAUCUAUCUAUCUAUCUAUCUAUCUAUCUAUCUAUCUAUCUAUCUGCUUAUUAUAUCUAUCUAUCUAUCUAUCUAUCUAUCUAUCUAUCUAUCUAUCUAUCUAUGAAAGAGAACAAAUACAUAUAUAUCGUUCUAUUUCUCUUUCAUUCUUUCUAUCUCUUCUCUCCGCUCCCUCGCACGUAUCUCACUCUAUCUAUCGCUUUCCUCUUUCUAUGUCCGACGCCUCUCUCUCCAAUUCUGUCUAUAUCAUCUUCCUCCUCCUCCUCCUCCUCUCUCUCUCUCAGUACGUAUUUUCUUUUGCACACCCUUUCUAUUUCUCUACACCCUCCUCCUCUCUGUCUCCAUACGUAUCUCAAUUUCUCACAGUUUUUCCAUCUCCACCCUCUACUUCUGACUAUUCCUAUCUCUCGUCUUUUUCUCUAUCUUUCCACGCGUAUCUCUCUUACUCAAACAUUCUCUCUCUAUCUCUUGACUCCUCCACUCUCUACCCCUUUCGAAUCUAACGUUAAAUUAGUGAGGUUUUUUCUCUUUUUUUCUUCUUUUUUUUCCCUCUUUUUUUUCCUCUAUUUUUCUUACUCUUUUUUUCCUCUUUUUUUUCCUCUUUUUUUCCUCUUUUUUCUCUUUUUUUUUCUCCCUGCGACUCCAAGCUUUAAACGCUUAUCUAUCUAUCUAUCUAUCUAUCUAUCUAUCUAUCAUUUUCAUUCUGAUUAUCUAUCUAUCUAUCUAUCUAUCUAUUCUGAUUAUCUAUCUAUCUAUCUAUCUAUCUAUCUAUCUAUCUAUCUAUCUAUCUAUCUAAGUCCGUUCAUAUCUAUUUAUCUAUCUAUACAUAUAUACAUAUAUAUGUGUGCGUGUGUGUGUAUCAUUUACCUAUGUCUUUCUGACUAUCUAUCUAUCUAUCUAUCUAUCUAUCUAUCUAUCUAUCGUUUUCAUUCUGCUUAUCUAUCUAUCUAUCUAUCUAUCUAUCUAUCUAUCUAUCUAUCGUUUUCAUUCUGUUUAUCUAUCUAUCUAUCUAUCUAUCUAUCUAUCUAUCUAUCUGUCUGUCUGUCUGUUAUUCAUAUAAUGUUUAACACGCGGACAAAAUUAUAUUAA